CAGCCAUGUGAUGCCGGAGGAGCGUGGUGGCGAUGAUAUGGAAUGUGGGCAGCUGCCUUCGGACACUCUCCGACAGGUGACGGUCCAGCGCCACCCCCACUACGGAUUCGGCUUCGUGGCCGGCAGCGAGAGGCCGGUGGUGGUGCGCUCAGUGGCAGCAGGCGGCCCCUCUGAGGAUAAACUCCUGCCAGGAGACCAGAUCUUGGCCAUCAACGAUGAGGAUGUGAGUGAAGCCCCCAGAGAGAGAUUCAUCGAGCUUGUCAGGAAGGCCAAGGACUUCAUCAUCCUCACGGUCCUGCACACCCACCAGUCUCCCAAAUCUGCUUUCAUCAGCGCAGCCAAGAAGGCGAAGCUAAGGUCCAACCCGGUGAAGGUCCGAUUUUCAGAGCAGGUGACAGUCGGCGAGACAGACCCAGACAUGUUGAAGAAAGAAGCUCUCCUCCUCAUUCCCAAUGUGCUGAAGGUUUUCCUGGAGAACGGGCAGAUCAAAUCCUUCACAUUCGAUGGCCGAACCACUGUGAAGGAUGUGAUGGUGACAUUGCAGGACCGCCUGUCCCUGAGGCACAUCGAGCACUUUGCGCUGGUCCUGGAGUAUUCCAGCCCGGAGCAGAGCCACCGGUUUUUGCUGCUCCAGGACAAGCAGCCACUGGCCCACGUUGUGCAGAGGACACACUACCAUGGCAUGAGAUGCCUCUUCCGUGUGAGCUUCUUCCCAAAGGACCCGGUGGAGCUGCUGCGCCAGGAUCCUGCAGCAUUCGAGUACCUGUACAUCCAGAGCCGCAACGAUGUGAUCAGGGAGCGCUUUGGCACAGACCCCAAGCCAGAGAUGCUGUUGGGGCUGGCUGCCCUCCACAUCUACAUCACCGUCUCAGCCACCCGCCCCAGCCAGAAGGUCUCCCUCAAGAACGUGGAGAAGGAGUGGGGCCUGGAGCCCUUCCUGCCCCCCUCGCUCCUGCAGCUCGUCAAAGAGAAGAGCCUUCGGAAAUCCCUCUCGCAGCAGCUCAAAGUCCACCAGAACCAGCCUGGCGGCACCAAGGUCUCCACGGCCCAGGCAAAGCUGCAGUACCUGAGGAUCCUGAAUGAGCUGCCCACCUUUGCUGGGGUCCUCUUCAACACAGUGGGACUGGAUGAGAAGCAGCCAGCCACCACACUUCUGGUGGGACCCCGGCAUGGCAUCAGCCAUGUCAUUGACCUGAAGACCAACCUCACCACAGUGCUGUCGGAGUUCAGCAAGGUCAGCAAGAUCCAGCUGUUCAGGGAGAACCAGGGGGUGGCCCGGGUGGAGACAAGCAUCCUGGAUGCCAAGCCGCUGGUAUUGCUGAUGGAGUGGCCUGAAGCCACCAACUUCGCCUGCCUGAUCGCAGGCUACUGCCGUCUCCUGGUGGACUCCAAGAAGAUGAUAUUCUCCAGGGCCCCCAGCCAGCCGCCCCCACCUCAGAUUAUCAAGGCAGAUUACAUCAACACACACAACCUCCACCGGCCUGCUGCGGCGGGGCACACAGGAAAGAAAGAGAGCGGGUUGGUGGGUGGCUCUGCCGCCGGCACCGGAGCAGCUGGGGUUCCAGCUGCCAGGGCUUCGGACUCGGAGCUCAUCAGCUUUUGCUACCUGCACAUGCGAGAGCAGAGGAAGGAAAGAGAGAGCAGGACAGAUAUCAAUGAAAACCUGAUUUUUUUUGAGGAAACUCGUCCCAGGACCAAAUCCGACCCCACUUCCAAAAGCUCUGGCCAAGGCUACAAUGGGGCAGCUAACCAGUAUGACCCAGAUGGCCUUGACCAAGACAGGCACGCAAGCAGGGCCAGGGCACAUACCAUAGACACCCACCUGCGGAGUGAUGCCUCACACUUCUACUGUGAGUCCUGCCAAGCCAAAAUCAAGAGCCGGCUGGCCUCAUGCAAGGGGGGCAAGCCUGGCAGCACCCGGGACAAUAUGGUGGACUUGAUGUCACUUCCCCCUCCCGGGAGCGAUGAGGAAGAAGACGAGACAACGUCCCUGCUCCCCGCCAUCGCUGCCCCCCCUCCCGGCUUCCGAGACAACAGCUCAGAUGAGGACGACCCCAAGCGCCGGGCAGCUGCCCAGAGCCAGGAGCAGGGCCGGCACCUCUGUGGCAUUCUCUACGACGAGAUCCCUGUCACGCUGAUAGACAACGUGCAACCACGGACGGUCCGAGACCAUGCCCAAGAGCUGGACGAUGCCCUGGUGUCCACCCUGCAGGCACUGGAAGCCCUGGCUGCUUCAGAGGAUUGUCCGCAUCCCCCACCACAGCAGACAGCAGGUCUUAUUGUCCUGGCUGCCAUCACUCCUGAGUCAUCCUUGGAUUCUGGCCAUGAAACCAACUCUUCAGAGCUAACUGAUGUCUCAGAGAUGGUCUCUGCUAUGAAACAGCAUCAGAACGCAGCCUACUUCCUCGCUCAACACAUCAACAAAGAAAACCUCCUGGCCAGAAAAGACCUGCCUUUCCGAAUACAGAGCUGUGCUGCCCAGGCUGUUCUCACCUCACCCUACUCCCUCAGCCACCAAGAGCCAAGCCCUUCAUUGAAGCCAGCUUUCCCUCACCAAAGCCCCAGCCUUAGCAAUUCCAAGAGCAAACAGGAGCAGCAGCAUGCUGAUCAGAGCUACACCUUGGCUGUCCAGCCGAUGCUGACCCCCCAGCUUAAUGAGCAGAACAGGGGGGCUCCAGUGCCAGGCUCUGAGUGCAGGGGUGCAGGCCACACAAAAGCUGCCUUUGAGAUAUCGCUGCAUGCCACAGCAGCCCCGAGCAGGGAGCAGGCACAGGAUCUACAAGAGAAGAUGCUCAAAGAGGUCCAGCCGAGCUCCAAGCUCCUCCUGGAUCAAAAAAGUGGUGUAACUCCAACCAUCAUUUCAGCUGCUCUGCAGCAAGUGGCAAAUGCAAAAGGCUCAGCUCCCCAGGUGGUAGCAGCCUCAAAAGAAGACAAGAACAUGAAUGGUACCAGCAGCUGUGCAUCAGCCAGCAGCAAGCCUUUGAAACUUAAAGGGGGUCCACAAACUGCAGAGAUAUUAUGCAACUGUCAGCAGCAGCAGCAGCAGCAGCAACUCUCUCCACAGCAGCACUGUGAAGUUUCUCCAAGUGCUAAAGAAACUCAUGGCAGUAAGGCUGAAGCCUUCCACCUCACCUCAGCAGGUGAGGAAAUGAUGCCUGGUAAGACUUUUGCCUCUAAAAGCUACCAGCAAAAAGUGAGUAGAGAUGCUUCAGGAAAAGCCACAAGCGGAGAGCCAGGUCAGAAGGCAGGUGGGGAAGCCACAAGCCUCGUCUUUCAGAAACACACAGCUCCUUCAAACCAAGGACAGAAAAUGCAACAGGAAAGUUCAGCCAAAAGCUUAAAAGCUGAGAGUAGCAAUCUGCACUCUCCAUCACCUGGUAGCACUUUCAGGAGCACCAGUGAGGAACCCAAAGGGCCAGUCCAGCUGGUGCCCAGAUCUGAGAGCCUGCAGAUCAGCACUGUGCCUUCCAAAAAAGAAGAAAAAGUCCUGGAGGUAACCCAACAAGAUGCUGAUGUCCCAGCUAAACCCAAAGCUCCAAAAGCUCCCUUCAGGUUGAGGAACCUGUUCUCUGCAACAUUUCCAACUCGGCUGAAGAAGGAGACAGAUGAGCGGCAGGCCCAGCUGCAGAAGGUGAAGCAGUAUGAGCUAGAAUUCCUUGAAGAGCUGCUCAAGCCAAAGAACAAAGGUGACCUCCCACCACAGGAGUAUCUGCACCCUCCUGCCCCUGGGCGCUGCAGCUGCCAGCUAAGGAGCAGUCCCGUGCAAAAAGUCCCAGGGAUGUCCAGGGAGCAAAGGCGCAGCUGCGACUGCAAGCGGAUUUGCAGGGGGGUGAGGCCACCCCCUAACCAGCUGGUGAUGCCAGAACUGGAGAGGCGAGGAAGGGAUAAAGUUACUGAUGACCAGAAGCAGGCAGAAGCCAUUAUGUUGACAAGUGUGAGCAGCCCUUCCAAAGGCAAGCGGAUACGAUCCACAAGUUUAGAGUCCAGAGACUACCGGUCAGAUCCAGAAAACAGUGUGUCCUGUUUGACAACGUGCACUUCCCAGGCGGAGUGCAUGGGUGCUCCCCACUACAGGAAGCUCUUGCGUCGCUACAGUGUCAGUGAAAUAGAUAAGACUGAUAGGACAUCCCUGUCCUCUGACAUCUACCAGAACAUCUAUACGACCAAGCAGAAAGGCCCCCAGAAAGAGCCUGAGCCCAGCAUCCUUUGUCCUGUUCUGAAGAGCAAAAUCCAGGAAGCCUCUGGAGUGGCUGACCCCUCCUAUGUCCAGAUAGCACAGGAGAAGAAGAACCAGAAGAGUUCAGCAGUGUUCUCUGUCCAGGAGGAAAUGUAUCCAAGUCCUGCUGAGCUGCGGGAUGAAGACAUGGAGGAUGAGAAGUGCUGCUCCAUCCGGUACUGCUUCUACUACAGGAAAUGCGAUGUUGCAGAUGAUGGGAGUGAGAAGGAUGAGCUGUCCUAUUCCAUCCCCAUGCAGAUACUCCCAGGAAUGAAGCUGGACAACCAGAUGGUCCCAGUCAUGAGCAGGACUCUUCAGGUCCUAGAUGCAACAGCCUGCAGCAGUCCCAGUGACAGUCAGACCCAGGAAAUAGAUUUAAGGACCUCCAGUUUUGAGGGGAGCUUGGCAAAGAUCAACACCCUUCGAGGCCAUGCCUACAGCUUUCCCAAUGGGUUUCUGCAAGUGCAGCUGGAUACCAAUGAGCUCCUGACUAUCCUGAGGCAAUGUGUGGUGAGCCCUGACGUCCGGGACUGCAAACCCUACAUAUCCCAGCUGGCUGAGUACAAGCAAGAGCUCGCCCUCAAGUUCAAGGAGUUUCGGGCAUCCUGCCGCCGCGUGGCAGCCGUCGACAAGAGUCCUACCCACAUGCUCUCUGCCAUCACGAGCAGCUUCCAGGUGCUAAGCAGCCUCAUCGAGACGUUUGUGAGGCUGGUGUACAUCGUGCGCUCGGAGUCCCAGCGCCAAGAGCUGCUGACGAAGGUGGAGGAAGUGGUGAGAAACUACACCUUCCUCCUGAAGGCUGCGGAGGAGUCCACGGCCAGAACGCUGAGCCACCAGCAGACCGUGGAGCAGCUCGCCCGCCAGUCAGCCACAGUUGCGACUGUCAUGAGCACGCUCACACGCUCCCUAAAGACGUUGAUCAAUAAGUAAGCCAGCUAUGAAAACCAACAAGCCAGUGUGUUGGGCCAUGUGCUAGUGAUUCUCAAAUCACAUAGGUCUGGUGAGGAUGCGUGUCUACAGGCCCACAUCUACUGUGGUUUGCAGUAGCCAAGAUGCUGUUUUAUCUCUGCAGAAUGGAUGGUUGUGUUGGUGGUAUUUUUGAAGGGUGAAUUCAUGCCCUGUCGCAAGCUGUGCAACCAGCUUGUCAGGGGUCUCAAGCAGCUCCUCUGCUUGCUUUCCCAUGCUGGCUUGUUGGUGACGGUACUUGCGGGGCACAGUCACCCCAUCUCCCCGCUAGUUUGGUUUCAUGUGGUUCUGGGCCUCACUUGUGCAAAGACCUUUGUCACAGUAUGUGGUAGGCCAGUGAGUUAGCAGUAACUGAGCCAAGAUCUGGCUUCACUUAGGCAGUCUGGACCCAAACCAGUGUCUUGCCAUGUAAACAGCUCUUCUGCCUCCAGGGUGUUCCUGGCCCACAAAUGCAACGUAAUUAGCAGCAGAAUGGAUCUCUGGGGUGCAAGUCCCUGCUGCUAUGCUAGAGCCUCAGAAGUAGUCCUAGCACGGGCAGGAUGCCAUAACCCUGGGGCAGAGCUAGGUCACCCUAGCAGGCUCUACUCUCACAGCUUAGGCAGCAGUGCCCUAGUCCUGAGCACAGGUACUGCCUGUGCAAAAGGCAAGGGCUUAAUGCCUGCAAGUAGGGAGGAUCCAGGGAACUACAGGCCUGUCAGUCUGGCCUCAGUGCCAGGGAAGGUCAUGGAGCAGGUCGUUUUGAGUUCCAUGACAUGGCACAUGCAGGACAACCAGGUGAUCAGGCCCAGUCAACAUGGGUUUAUGAAAGGCAGGUCCUGCUUGACUAACCUGAUCUCCUUCUACAAGGUGACCCACUUAGUGGAUCAGGAAAAAGGCUGUGGAUGUUGUCUACCUACACUUUAACAAAGCCUUUGACACCAUUUCCCACAGCAUUCUGCUGGAGAAAUUGGCUGCUCACGGCUUGGAUGGGUGUACUCUUCACUGGGUAAAAAACUGGCUGGAUGGCCAGGCCCAAAGAGUUGUGGUGAAUGGAGUUAAAUCCAGUUGGUGACCAGUCACAAGUGGUGUUCCCCAGGACUCAGUAUUGGGGCCAGUUCUGGUUAGUAUCCUUACCAAUGAUCUAGGUGAGGGGAUCAAGUGCUCCCUCAGCAAGUUUGCAGAUGGUGCCAAGCUGGGCAGGAGUGUUGAUCGGCUUGAGGGUAGGAAGGCUCUACAGAGGGAUCUGGACAGGCUGGAUCAAUGGGCCAAGGCCAGUUGUAUAAGGUUCAACAAGGCCAAGUGCCGGGUCCUGCACUUGGGUCACAACAACCCCAUGCAACAAUACAGGCUUGGGGAAGAGUGGCUGGAAACUGCCUGGAGGAAAAGGACCUGGAAGUGUUGGUCAACAGUUGGCUGAAUAUGAGCUGGCAGUGUGCCCAGGUGGCCAAGAAGGCCAAUAGCAUCCUGGCUUGUACCAGAAAUAGUGUGGCCAGCAGAACUAGGGAAGCAAUCGUACCCCUGUACUCAGCACUGGUUGAGGCUGCACCUCGAUGCUCUGUUCAGUUUUGGGCCCCUCACUACAAGACAUUGAGGUACUGGAGCAUGUCCAAAGAAGAGCAACGAAGCUGGUGAAGGGUCUAGAGCACAAGUCUUAUGAGGAGCGGCUGAGGGAACUGGGGUUCUUUAGCCUGAAGAAAAGGAGGCUCAGGGGAAACCUUAUCACUCUCUACAACUACCUGAAAGGAGGUUGUAGCAAGGUGGGUGUCAGUCUCUUCCCCUAAGUAACAAGUGAUAGGACGAGAGGAAAUGGCCUCAAGUUGCACCAGGGGAGGUUUAUAUUGGAUAUUAAGAAAAAUUUCUUCACCAGAAGGGUUAUCAAGCAUUGGAACAGGCUGCCCAGGGAAGUGGUUGAGUCACCAUUCCUGGAGGUAUGUAAAAGACAUGUAGAUGUGGCACUUUGGGACAUGGUUUAGUGGUGGACUUGGCAGUGCGAGGUUAACAGUUGACUCAAUGAUCUUAAAGGUCUUUUCCAACCUAAGUGAUUCUUUGAUUCUAUGAUUCUGUGUUCCCCUUCCUCUGCUGGAUGGCUGUGUCCAUGCUAGAGAGCCUGCAAGGAACCCAGACUGAUCUUUGACCAUUGCAAGCCAGAAGCUGGGCUAGCAGCUGAGAGGAAACCUCUUUCACACCAUUCUCCAGAGGUCAGGUCCAUGCCUCCAAGGCUCAGCCCAAACCCUCACCUAUUUCCUUUCACCAUGCCCAUUAGAGAGGAACCUCAGAUCAGCUUUGUCUGUGAGCCAUGGCUUGCCCCUGAGCCAGGCAGUGCUACUGCCAUCAGCCAAAGGAGUUGCCCUCCUUGCCAGAGCAUUGGGGUCCUUUUCCUGCUUCCACCAAACUGACUGCCAUAAGAAGCAUUAUUUAGUACUGUGUAAUGGUUAUUUAUUUGGAGUUGGGGUUUUUGGAUUGGUUUUUUUCACUUCCAUGUGAAUGGUAAAAUGAUUCCUAAUUGCUUCCCUUCUCACCCCGAGGUUCCCCUCCGCCUCCCAGUCUAGCUUCUAGACCUAAUCAAUCAGACCACCUUAAUUGGUGCUUCACUGCAGUCACCCACCCUCCAAAACAGAGCAAGGAGAAAAAUGCAAGGUUACACAUUGCAUUGCCCUUACCCUGCCACCCACUGCACUUCACGCAUGCACAGGGAGAGCGGGUCCUGCCGGGAUCCCUGCGCCUCUCCCCGUUGCACCCACCUCUGGCUGGAAAGGGAGAUCGUAGCAUCAGCCUCAUGGCACCAGGAGUGAGAUCGGUUGUCAAACCCAGCCAGCUUGCCCCAGCGCUUGGGGAUGAUCAGGGAUCUCCGUAUGAUCAAUCGCUUCCCAUCUCUAUUAUUUUUUAUAAAUAUGCACAUUCAAAAUCUCUCGUUCUUCCAUAGAAGUUAUGGAAAUGCACAAUGUGCUUUUAACAUGCGCAUCCUCUACCGAGUGCAAUAACGUCCCCUGGCCCAUGGCUGUCCCGGACUUUGGCCAUUGCUGUCAGCAAGGCAGAGAGGAUCCUGCUGUAGGGACAGCCUCCUGCUUUCAAGAACCAUGUAGCAAAUAUACAGUGGAAGAGCCAAUUCAGAUUUCAGUCCAUGGUGGGCAAAGCCUGUUAUAAUGCUGAAGGCCGACAGGGAGCCGUGUUUUUCUUUUACCCGUGAACUAUCUAUUGUGAAACUCUGAGUUUCUUUGAGCUCCCCGUUAUGUCUAUAUCAUUCCUCCAUAAGUCUCUCAGUCUAAUACAGAGGAAAAUUUUUUUAUUGUCUGUAUAUAGUAUAUAUAAAUAAAAAAUAUAUAAAUUAUAUAUAUACACAAAUUUAUGUCUUGUUUUACAAACAAGAAAGAUUAAAUAUAUUAAUCUUAAUAUCCAAA